AUGUCGGAGAACAUCCAAAUCACCCUCAUCAGCAACGAUGGCGUUGCCAUUAAAGUUGACAAGGCCGUCGCUGAGAAGUCAAUGCUCAUCAAGAACAUGAUGGAGGAUCUUGGAGAGGGUGCCUUGAACACCGAUGUCCCCAUUCCCAACGUUAACGAAUCCGUUCUCAAGAAGGUUAUCGAAUGGUGCGAGCAUCACAAGAUGGACCCCGUUACUGCCACCGACGAUGACUCCGAUUCCCGCAAGAAGACCACAGACAUUGAGGAGUGGGACCAGAAGUUCAUGCAGGUUGACCAGGAGAUGCUCUUCGAGAUUAUCCUUGCCUCCAACUACCUCGACAUCAAGCCCCUCCUUGACGUUGGCUGCAAAACAGUUGCAAACAUGAUCAAGGGCAAGUCACCAGAGGAGAUCCGCAAGACCUUUAACAUCACCAAUGACUUCACCCCCGAAGAGGAGGAGCAGAUCCGCCGCGAGAACGAGUGGGCUGAGGACCGCUAA